AUGGUUUGGACGGUCCGACCCCCCGUGGACUACCGAGAGGCACUCCGGAUCACAGCACGGGCUGGGAAUUUAAUAGAAGAUCCGCCUCGAAAUUUUCAAACACAGCAAGGUCAAGCAGAUACUCUCACUUCCCUCUUUCCCAAGUUCUCGUUAGUGGUACCUAGCAAUAAGCUUUGCCUGUUGACCUCUCAGAAACGUCCAAGUGGUUUAUCAUCAGCACGAAAUCCUUCAAGUCAGUUCAAACAGCCACAAGCCGUCUUCAGCUACCACCACCAGCCGAUGCGCACUCAGAGGUACUUUCAAUCGGUCGUUACGCCUCAUCAACUUCCUCCACCAGCUCAUCGUGAAGUUCGGGUGUCGGGUGAUGAUCAUUGGUGCCGGAGCUCUUCGUCGCCGUACUGGGAUGGCCAGGAUUUCUCCCGAUGUGCUCGUCUGAAAUACUUAAUUGGCGAGCCGGCUCUGGUCCUUGUUUUCCUACUAGGAGGGUCUUUCAUCCUGCCGUAUCUUCCCCGUCUAUGGGAGCGCAUCCGAAGCAGGAACCUAGGUCGAUCAUGGAUGAAGAGGCGUGCCACGCCGUACGAAACAAUACACAAUCCAAGCACUCAAGUUGCUCGCAAAGACCCAGACCUAAAUGGACCUCAGGCCGUCUCACAAGCUGAAGAUCAGAUUAUUGCCAUCGAAGUCAUGCGCGAAGGUGGAUUAGGAAUCGAUGAGCAAGACCGUCAAGAGCUUCUCCGAACGCAUAACCUCCCUUGUCCCCCCAACGUCUGCCAGAACUCUUGCGCGGAUACCACCAGCUAUUUGACCGCCCUCGUUAGAUCCUGGAAGGAAUUCUCGAUCACCGCUUGCACCGUUGGAAUGCUAGUCACCGCCGCUGCACGUUACUUCAUCUCAACUGAUAUCGACGCAGGUUCACAUUGGCUCCUAAUUCCUAUCAUGCUCUGGUUAUUUGUCUCAGUGAUAUCAACCAUGAAACUUCUAAUUCAAAUCCAAUCCGUAAUCCGCAACAAACCUCAUCCUCACCCGAAAUAUUUCGAGCUGGAAUAUCGUACCGUACCGAUUUAUCUGAUCAACUUGCCUCUCGAGUUACUGGACACCCGCAGCAUUCUACUUCAGCAUUUCAGUAGCCAACAUACCGUUGAAUCGACAUAUCAACUCAUGGUGAUACGAUUGUUGACCCUGAUGUUUCUGAUCAUCGCAAAUGUGCUCGAGUUGGUGACUCCAAGACCUACGACACUACUCCCAGACUCAUCUAAGGAUCGAAGCUCAACAAUUGCAACAACUGAUGUGCAGCCUAACGCCCAACGACCUGGUCCUUUAGAACCUGGACGCUCGUUGCUAUCUUUGGCGUACUUCAUCCACACCGAUUCUUACUUAUGGCGACAUAAAUCUUCGACAGCGACAGAAGAAUCUAUUCCAGACGUACGGGUUGAUGACAAGUCUGCCGCAGUUUUGUUUCGUUGGAAAAAGGAUCAAGAUGAAUACGCAGCGGAAAAUAUCAAGCCCAGCUUCUUGCGUGCACUGACCUGGCACUUCAGGAAUAUACUCUUGAGUCAACAACUUUUUGCGUACUUCAACGCUGUCGGAUCCUUGUUGCCGCCGUUUUUCUUGCAGCGUAUCAUUGGCUUCAUAUCAUCCAAAUCGAGUGAUAAUCCGCAACCAGUUCAUGUGGCUUUGUUGUAUGCUUUUGGGAUGCUCGGCACUCAAGUAUUCUUGGCCUUCUCCCAAUCUGCUAGCCUAAUGAUUGGCCGUCGUCUCUCGGUUCGCUUGAGAGGCUUGUUGAUCACUUUGAUAUUUACGAAAUCACUUCGGCGAACUGGCGUGAAUCCGAAAGUAUCAGAAGUUGUAGACUCGAGUGAUGAUGGAUCAUCAACUGACAGCAAAUCGACAUCAAAGGAAGAUCCAGAGACCAGUGCCUCCACAGGAAAAAUUGCAAACCUUGUGUCAAACGACGUCGCCAGCUUGGCAGAAAUCGGAGCCUAUCUUCACUUCCUCUGGCCCGAAAGUGCCAUUCAACUUAUUCUAGCCGGUAUAUAUCUCUACAUCCUCCUGGGCUACAGCGCAUUGGCUGGGAUGUUUUGUAUAGUGAUCGCCGUGCCCAUCCAGAGCUAUCUGACUGCUCUUUGGGCUAGAUAUCAAGACCUGUUGAUGGCGGCAGCUGAUAAACGGUUGGGCUUGGCAACUGAGGUGAUCAACAACAUCAAAGUGGUUAAAUUUUUUGCCUGGGAAUCGAACUUUUUACAAAAAAUGCAAGUUUUACGUGAAGCGGAAUUGGUUAUGCUGUUCAAAAGACUCUUGGUUACCAUUGGCGAAUCUACAGUAUCAUUUUCUGUACCGAUCUUCGUUAGCAUUGUGACCUUCUACACACACACCAAAGUUUUGGGUAAAUCCUUGACCGCAGAAGAAGCUUUCACUGCGUUGGCCUUGUUCAAUGUUUUCAGGUUUCCACUUUCCGUGCUGGUUGGGAUGAUUUCUGGACUCUUACAAUCUUACGUAUCAUUGAAGCGAAUUGAAUGCUUCUUGAAUGAGAAAGAGACUGAAAAAUACUCGACCUUGUCGGUGCCCCGGCCUGAAGCAGGUGACCCACUCGUCGGUUUCAAAAAUGCUACAUUCACGUACGACGCAAAGCAAGAGGAUGCGGGCCCCGCUAUUGAGUCCUCCACAUUCAAACUAUGUGGACUCGACUUCGCUUUCCCUGAAGGAAAACUCAGUUUGAUCAUAGGGCGAGUUGGGAGUGGGAAAGGUACCCUUCUUCUGUCACUCCUUGGCGAAACCACCAAGCUUAGCGGAGAGGCGUUCCUGCCUUCACCCGUGUCUAGAGCUUGGGGGUUGGAUCCUGAGGUUCAGCUCACCGAAACUACCGCGUACUGCCCCCAACAAGCAUGGCUGCUUUCGGAUUCCAUACGAAACAAUAUUCUUUACGGUAGUACGAUGAAUCAGUCAAGAUACACGCAAGUACUCAAGGCUUGUGCAUUGGCUUCCGAUCUCACGACGUUUACCGAUGGCGAUUUGACUGAAAUUGGUGACAAAGGCACGGUACUGAGCGGAGGCCAAAAAGCUAGGAUUUCUUUGGCUCGCGCGUUAUACUCUCCCGCCAAAGUUCUCUUAUUGGACGAUGUUCUAAGCGCCGUGGACUCUCAUACCGCUCAGCAUUUGUUCAAUCAUGUGUUGACUGGCCCUCUCAUGAAGGAUCGCACGUGUAUAUUAGUAACUCAUGCUGUUGACUUAUGCAUGCCGGCUGCAUCGUUUGUUGUUUCGUUGGACCGAGGGCAAGUUGUAUACGCUGGAGACCCAUCAGCAUCCAAACUUGCAUCUGCGUUAAAUACUAUCUCCGAAGAUACCGAGGUCCAAAGCAGUCAAAGUCCUCGCGAAAGUGAUCAUGAGCUUACUAUCGAGAAUCUGGCAGCACCCACACUUCACGAGGACGAUGCAGUAGUCGAAAUCAAGACACGGGCGACCCAAAGAUUAGUCGAGGAAGAGCAUCAAGCCGUCGGUGCAGUCAGCCUUACAACUUACAAACUCUAUUACGAUUGUCUGGGUGGCUUUAUGCCGCUUUUCAACACUUUCGUCCUGUUCAUCUUGGCGGAACUGGGUAAUGUUUUAUCCACAUGGGUUCUCAAGCAAUGGGCCGAGAGUAACCAAGAAUCCCCCGCUCCGACGAGUCCAAUCUCUUCCAGUUUACUCGCACCUUCGAUUGUUACAUCAACCGAGAUUUCAUCUACAAGCCCGAACUUGCUAUACUUCCACUCAGAUUCUUCCUCAGAAAAAGAUCCAAACAGAGAAGCCCGUUUAGAUCGUUACAUUUUGUUAUAUCUCCUCACCGGCAUGUUCGCACUAGCUUUCGAGCUCAUUAGGGAGACUUAUUUCACUUGCCGAAGCAUAAUCGCUGGUCGCAAAAUCUAUGAACGUUUGAUCGGUACACUUCUGAGUGCCCAAGUGCGAUUCUUCGACACGGUACCCAUGGGGAGGGUGCUUAAUCGACUAUCUACUGAUGUCCGCACGGUUGACCGAGACCUGGCUGAUGCACUAAUUUACAUGGCUGAGGAUGUUUUGAGUACAAUCGCCAUUCUGAUCGUUGUCAUUGCCGUGCUGCCGAUGGGAUUCCUAGUUUCCACUAUGGGGGCAUGUCUGAUCUACGUGGCGAUCGGCUAUCUAUAUCUGGCUUCGACGAGAGAAAUUAAACGAUCCGAGUCGACCUCUCGCUCUCCUGUGAUUUCUUUGUGCACUGAAUGUUUGGGUGGCGUCACGUCAAUCAGGGCUUAUGGCGAUAUUGGACGCUACACCCAGCAGAUGUUCAAGCUUAUCGACGCAUACAACCGCCCAUUUUUUAUGUUAUGGAUGUGCAAUAGAUGGCUCUCUUGUCGGAUUGAUACGGCUGCCGCACUCUUCACUUUCCUGGUGGUCAUUUAUAUGAUCCAAAGUGAUAUGCCUGCCGCCUUGUCCGGCUUUGCGUUGUCGUAUGUGAUUACUCUGAACACGAAAACCCUGUGGAUCGUCAGAUGGUGGAGCGUCAAUGAAAUCAAUUUCAAUUCUAUGGAGCGAAUCCAUGAAUAUCUGGGCGUUGAUCAAGAACCCAAGAAUGGAAUUCAACCGCCCGCCGCCUGGCCUUCCAAACAAGGGACAAUCGAAGUCGAAGGCCUGACAGCUAGAUAUGCGCCUCAUUUGCCACCAGUCCUCAAGUCGGUUAGUUUUAGCGUCAAAGCCGGCGAAAAGAUUGGUAUUUGUGGACGCACAGGAAGUGGAAAGAGCACUUUGGCUCUAAGCUUCUUUCGAUUUAUCGAAGCCGAGGCCGGCCGGAUUGUUAUCGAUGGGCUCGACAUAUCAAAGCUAGACUUGGCCUCUCUGAGAAGUAGACUGACCAUCAUUCCACAGGAGAGUGUCUUGUUCUCAGCAACAAUUCGAUGGAACUUAGAUCCAUUCUCAGAACAUGAUGAUAGCCGAAUUUGGGAUGCCUUGCGCCGAGUCGGAAUGGCCGCCCCUUCAUUUGAGCUCUCGCCAAAUGGUAGCAACGCUGCAGACGCACCCCCUGAUUCCAAUUCCACGGGUCAAGAUUUACAAUUCAUCACAAGUUUAGAUAUGGAGGUCAAAGAAGGCGGGAAAAACUUUAGCACAGGUCAACGUCAGCUGUUGGCGAUUGCUCGUGCAAUACUCAAAUUAGAAAACUCGGCUUUACUGAUUUUGGACGAGUCGACUGCAAGCUUGGAUGCCGAAUCAGACGAGAAGAUCCAAGCAACAAUCCGAUCAGAAAUAGGCAAUUCAACAAUCUUAUGCAUCGCACACAGGCUGAAAACAAUCAUCGAUUACGACAAAGUAUUAGUUUUAUCAGACGGGGAAGUAUUGGAAUUCGAUGAACCCUGGAAGCUGUUACUGGAUGAUGAGGAUGGUGAACAAGAAGCCGGAUCAGUCAAAAAACCCUCCGCAUUCAAGGAGCUUUGCCUCAAGUCCGGUCAUUACGAUGAACUCAAACAAUCCGCCUUGCAAGCUAAAGAACUCCGGUCCAAGUCGCAUUAGCACUUUCGUAGUCUUUUUUUUUCUUUUUUGUGAUUUUUGGAUCGAACUUCCCUUCCUAGUCGUUUGCAAUUUCUCUCAAAUUCAAACUGACGUAUCGAUACAUAAGUCAUAUCCAGAUAUAUGAACAUCACACACGACGCCUGUUUUUCUUUGAUCUUCAUUCAAUUUGUCUUAAAUCGUUCAUAUUAUGUGUAGUCCAAAUAGAGUGUUUCCUUUCCCACGAGUGAUAUCUUUUUUUUCCCCUUUUUUUCAACAGCGUUAUCAUUUCCUCUUUUUUAAUCUACCAUCGUUCUGUCUAUCGUUCUCGUUGUCCCUCCCCUUUUUUUUAUUCACAUAAAAACUAGCAACCAUGCAAGGCGGAUUUUUUCGGGGC